UUCGUAGAGCAUACAAGUAAAAUUGUUGAAAGGGCUCUUAACGAAAAUUAUGAUAUUAUGAAAGAUUAUACAACUAGUGAAGGUGACGAUAGUGAAAUGCCCACAGGUCCAUGCGUUAAAUUUUUGUGCUCACAUUUCGAUGAACGAUGGAGCAAAAAUCGGUUUGUUACCGAUGUGAACUGGUCUAUGAAAAACCCUGAACUAAGUGUUGCAUCAUAUAACAAAAAUCCCAUUAAUAUGAAUGAUCCGGAUGGUAUCGUUUUAGUAUGGAACUUAAGACUUGUCGAGCGUCCUGAAUUUGUUUUCCACUCCCAGUCGGACGUGCUAACAACGAUGUUCUCGGAAUUCCAUAACAAUCUUAUAAUUGGUGGAACCUAUUCUGGUCAAAUAUUACUUUGGGAUACUAGAGCGAAGUCUCUACCUGUUCUCAAGACCCCGCUAUCAUCCAAUGGGCACACUCACCCUGUCUACUCGAUGCAAAUGGUGGGCACUCAAAAUGCCCAUAAUCUUAUAACUGCAAGUACUGAUGGGUUGGUGUGUUCUUGGCAAUUGGACAUGUUAUUACAACCGACGGAAACUUUGGAAUUGGUACAUUCUACACACAAUAAAACUGAAGAAGUAUCGGUUACCUCAUUCUGUUUCCCAGAUCACGAAACAUCCGCUUUUUGGGUAGGAACGGAAGAAGGAAACGUUUAUCAAGCGAAUAGAUUCGGUCAUGCUGGAGGCAAAGCUGGCAUUAACCCCUACGAUUAUUACAAAGGACACUGGGGCCCGGUGACCGGCCUCCAUUUCCAUCCCCUCGUAGGCCCUAAAGAUUUUUCUGAUCUAUUCCUAACUUCAUCUGUAGAUUGGACCGUCAAACUAUGGAAGGCCAAGUCAAUUUCGAAACCAUCUGCAGGAGAACAGAUAAUUUCACCAAUAUAUUCGUUUGAAGGAACCGAUGACUAUGUCUACGAUGUUAAGUGGUCACCCACCAAUCCGGCAAUGUUCGCGUCAGUGGAUG